GGUCCAGACCUUACCUCUGCCGGCGACUAUAUAGAUUGUCGUACUCCCACAGCACCAAGACGUGAUACGCAUCAAUCUCAACAUCUACAAAUGGCAUCUUUCGUAUAUAACAGCGCUUUCCAGUGCUGCGUACCCAACCCGCUGACCCCCCGAGGAGAAGGCGAAAUACCCACCCCAGAAGAAGAAGCAUUAGCUUGCAAGAUCAACCGCGCUCUGGCGUCUGGACCCAUAUCCAUCACCAAGAAUGCCACCAUUGCAGACUGGAGCCACUGGGGCCCCGACCGAAAACUGGUCAUAUUACGAGAGGGAACAAACCACUGGACAGCCUUUCCUGGAAAUGAGAACACGGUCGGAAACGUCCCAAUGUGCGCCGACCCCAUGGGUCUCCAGUGGAUCCAAGAUGCCUAUGCCGCUAAACCAGCACCCACCAACACUGCGCCAGGUCUCAUAUAUAUGUUGUGCGGAGCGAAUCAGCACACUACCACGAAUCCAGCAGAUAGAUCGAGUCCGGCUAUCCCCAUCGGGCCGCACUAUAUGAUACUGUGGCCUUUUGAAGCGGAACGUGAUGGGUUUCCGGAUACAAUCCGCGAUCAGGGUGCCUGGGUCAUGUUCGACAAGACGCCGUACGCUCAUUUACACGUUUGUGGUUCACCUUGGGCUGGGAAGGAGUACGAUAGGGAGAAGACGAAGGCGAACUGGGAUUUACGUUACGAGGAUAGGACUUGAAGAUGGCAAGAUUGAUGAAAGUGGGCAGAGACGUAUGUAUGUUGUACUGGUAUUGCUGUGCCUAAUUCAUUAAGGAAUCCCCCCAUGAAUCUUGCGCAUUCUGA